AUGGCGAAGGGAAAGAAGAAUCAGAAUAUGGUGGUGAAGCUCGUGAGCAUGGCCGGCACCGGCUUCUUCUACACGACCACGAAGAACCCGGCCGCCACCCGCAAACUCUUCCUUCAGAAAUAUGACCCGAUGCUCGGCAGCCACACCCUGUUCCGGGAGGAAAGGAUCAGCAGGAGCAAGAGGAAGUAA